GCCGCCGGCCAUUCGAGGAAAAACAGAGAAUGUGAAUUAAGGUCUCUAGCCAAGGCAAUUGUGAAAUCUUUGUUUUUCGGUUAUGGUGUUCUGUGCUCCAUCCAGUGUAGUCGCCCUGGGAACCGCCGGAAGUGCCUCAACGGAGAGACAGGAAGUCCCGCCUCUUCCUCCCAGAGGGAAGACGGUGAGCCGGAGGAGUCAGUCAGAGGGCCUAGCAGGAGCGAUUUCCCCGACAAACAGGUUGUAAGCUCCAGUUAAAUCCAAAUUUGACAGAAGAAACAUCAUCAGAACUUUAUUGAGAAUGGAUUCUGAGAACAAACAUGAAAAUGAUGAGGAUGAAAGUGUUAAGGGAGCAAAAGAUCCAAGGAAUGUUUCAUCCCAUGAUGACAGUUGUGGGCCUGUAUCUGAUGACAUAGCAAAUGCCUCUGAGAAUUUUACGAGCAAAAGAGUUUUUUCAGAAUCGGCCAACUCCGACAGUAUUACUGUAGAGGAAGACAGAAAUGAACGUGCUUCCAAACGACUUAGAACAGAGGCAGUGGAGCCCGAGACAAGAGAACAGGGUGCCUGUGGGUCGGACACUGUGGAAGUUAAUGUCCAUUUGGCUGAAAUAGAAAAGGAGGCCUUUCCUUCAAACUUCUCAGAAGGAGGCAGAGCUCUUCCCAAUGUUUUCUCCUCAUCCUGUGAUUUUAGCACAUCUGAUACUCUUCCCCUGAAAGUAGAUGAAGUGAAAAAGCCUGCUCAGGAAAUGGUUUCCCUUGUUCCUGAAAAACACACUCCUUUUCCUCCAGAAGAAAUGAGCAUUAAUUGUAGCUUUGGAAGUGUAGAGACAGGACUCAGGUGUGGUGUAUGUGGCUGUUCAUUUUCCUCUUGCUCUGCUUUGGAAAAGCAUGUGGAAUGUCAUGUGGAACAGGGGAAGGAGCGUGCCUGCUGCCACUGUAGCCACAGAGCAGAGAGCAGCUCAUCUCCUCAUGUGCGUGUCAGACAUGCUCACGGGGCACAGAAAGUCUUUUCCUGUGAUCUCUGUGGCUUUCAGUGUGCUGAAGAAAACCUGUUGAAUGCACAUUAUCUUGGCAAAACUCACCUUCGUCGUCAGAACCUUGCUGCUCGUGGAGGAUUUGUACAGAUCUUAACAAAACAAUCUUUUCCUAAAAAAGCUUGUGUCAUGGGAACAAAAAAUGUUAGAACAAAACCAAGAGCUUCUAAACCAAUUGCAAGGAAUGGGGAUUCAAAAGGAGUACAGAAUACUGGGAACAAGUUUAAAGACUGCAGAGAAGCCCCUUCUGAAGACAGUGUUGGUAGUAGUGAGCUCCUUGUUGAAAUGGUGCCGUCUAGGAAAAUGUCAUCAGGGGAAGCAGAUGUAGUUGAGGAAAAUGUUAGUUUUGGUGUAGCUCGAAAUCCUGAAAAUCACAACAAAAAGCUAGGUGGUUUAGUAAGCUCAGAGGGUCUUUUAAAUAAAUCAGAAUCCACUAUAAAUGCUCUGCAGACGACACAUGUCAGUAUCAGUACCACCUCAAGGCCAAGAUCUGAUCGAAACCUUCUAAUGUUGGGUAAUAGCUUUCGCAGACGAAGUGGCACUUUUACUUUAAAGGGCCAGACAAAGAAAAGGUUUAAUCUUCUAGGAAUUAAUAAAAGGGGUACAAAUGAAACUCAGAGGAUGUAUAUGAAGCACUUCAGAACACAGAUGAGAACAAAUGCACAGCCAGUACCGGAACAAAUAGAGAUGAGCAGAGAUGUUCAAAGUUUGUGUGUGACUACCUCAGACAACCCACAAGUGAUGCAGGACAAGACAGCUUCCUGCCUUUCAGGCUCCACACGGCUGGACUCCCUGCCAGUAAAGUCGGCUGACCACCAGCUCUCUGUGGAGUGUACCUGUACAGAGUGUGGUCAGAUAGCUGCAAACAAGGCAGACUUCGAAAUUCAUGUUAAAAAGUGCCAUGGAAGAGAAAUGCAGUUUCAUUGUCAAACUUGUGACUUUUCUAGUCCAUUAAGGAGAGACUUGGAGGAACAUUUACACAGUAAUCAACAUCAGCAAAUGACACCCGUCCUCAGCUGUCAGUGUUGUUCCUUUAUUUCCUUGAAUGAAACGAGUCUUAGAGACCAUAUGAAGGAGAAGCAUGACAUGGGCUUUUUCUGCACCUCUUGUAAUCUAUUCUUGUCUGAGAAAGAUGUGGAAGAACACAGAGCAACUGAGACACAUAAUAGUUUAGUGGUUCAACCAAAGACUGCUUCAUCAUUGAGUAGUGAUUCUGUUUUACCUUUAAGUACUUUAGAGUCAGAAAACAUGGCAGAUUCUAGAGAAGACUCAGGGAAAGCAGCUCAGGAAGAACCUGUUGAGUCCAGAGCAAGCCACGGAACUGAAGCAAGGCAUUCAAGUAAGCCUCAGUUUCAGUGUAAGAAGUGUUUUUAUAAAACAAGGUCUUCCACUGUCCUUACGAGACACAUAAAGCUUCGGCAUGGUCAGGACUAUCACUUUCUUUGUAAAGCUUGUAAUCUUUAUUCAUUGAGUAAAGAAGGAAUGGAGAAGCACAUUAAAAGAAGCAAACAUCUUGAAAAUGCUAAGAAAAACAAUAUUGGUUUAAGUUUUGAAGAGUGCAUUGAAAGAGUAUGUAUAGGUGCAAAUGAUAAAAAAGAAGAGUCCAGUGUUUCUGGAUGUGGAAGGCCUGAAGGCCAUGUUGGUGUUCGAUUACAGGAGCAUUUCCAUCGUGAACAGAGUAUGCUAACACCUAAGGAACUGCCACAGUCUGGUGUUAGCACCAAAGAGGAUGAAUUAGGCUUAGCCACUACUCCAAAGAGAGGGAGGCCCAAAGGCAGCAUUUCUCGGACUUGUUCACACUGUGGACUUUUGGCCUCUAGUAUUACAAAUUUGACAGUGCACAUCAGGCGUAAACACAGUCACCAGUAUAGUUAUUUGUGCAAAGUAUGUAAGUAUUAUACUGUAACCAAAGGAGAUAUGGAACGUCAUUGUGCUACCAAGAAACAUAAAGGACGGGUAGAAAUAGAAGCAAAUGGGAAACAAAGUUCAGAUAUAAUAGUUGGCCCAGAAGGGGGUAAUCUUGAAGCAUGUAAGAAGAACACCCCUCUAGCAGUGACUGAUUCUAAUGAGCAGGCUAACAAGUCAGCUAAGUUAGAUAUAUCUACUUUAGAAAAGCCAGUGGUAGAUAAUGGAAAUGCAGGUGAUGUUGAGGCUGGAAAUGUAUUCCAUUCUGUAGAUGGAGAAGUUAGCAGUCAACUCUCUGAUAAAAAGGGACAGAUAUCUCCAGAGACAGAGGACCCUCUACAGCAUGAUGACACAUGUUCUCAGAGAGAUGUUGCAGGUUCAAGUGACAAUAAAUGUCUACACUGUGAGUUCAAUGCUCACUCUGCUGCUUCUCUAGAGCUGCAUGUGAAAAGGAAGCAUACCAAAGAAUUUGAGUUUUAUUGCAUGGCCUGUGAUUACUAUGCGGUGACUCGCAGAGAGAUGACUAGGCAUGCUGCAACAGAGAAGCAUAAACUGAAAAGGCAGUCUUACCUCAGCUCUUCUAAUGUGGAAGCAGGUUCUUCAGAAAUAUCCAAGAACAUCAGUAUACUGGAGGAGGAGCAUUCACAAAAUUCUGAGGAAUUUCAAAUAAAUCCACAGCAAUCAUCUGGCACUCUCCAAUCUAGAAAUCCUCCAGAUUGUUCUAUUUUAGAUGACAAUACUAAUUUAGAUAUAUCUAAAGUACUCUGUACUCCUGAUUCAGUGGCAGUUGUUACUGAGCAAGAAUCUAAUUUUAGUGAAGAUCAUUCCUUUUGUGAGACCUUGCACCUUGUUAAGGACAAAAGUAUGAAACCCAGGGAGAUAGUGUCCCUUAACACUUCCUCUAACCACAGCUCCCCAGGCUGUGUUCAAAGUGAAAACCUAGUAAGCUCUGCUGUGGAUUGUGAGACAGCAAAGAAAAACCACGACGUGUUGGAUGAUGUUGGUGAUACAAGUACACAUUGUGAAGAUGAGGGAGGCAGCAGGGAUGAUAGUGAAGGAAAAAUUCUUGACAAGUCCCCUUGCCCUGGAGACCUAGAUGGGGGCCAUUCAGCUGAAUCCACUUCCCCUGUGGUGAUGAAAAUACCAAGAGAACAACUGGACCUGGAUGUCGAAAGCCAGAACAAGGUUGGAUGUGAACAGACUUCAGAAGAUUUAAAAGAUGUUCAAGCAAAUCCUAUUCUUGAGAAUAAGGAAAUUGUGAUGAAUUCACAACAUGAAGCUGAAGUCAUUUUGGAAGAGGAUGCCCCAACCUCUAAUGGCACAGCUGACAGUAAUGAUGUUUAUGAAACUAUAAUAAGUAUUGAUGACAAAGAGCAAACAAUGUACAGUUUUGGCAAGUUUGAUUCUUCCAUAAUUAGAAUAAAAACUGAAGAUGGUGAAUUGGUAGAACAGCCAGAAGAGGGUCUGAUGGCGACAGCGGGCAGAGUUAGUGAGUUGCCCCUGAAAGACUGUGCUCAGGGGUUGAAGAAGAAGAAAGCUGAAGGCAGUUCUUUUGGCGAAUCCACACGAAUCAGAUGUGAUGAUUGUGGUUUUUUAGCAGAUGGACUGAGUGGCCUGAAUGUUCAUAUAGCCAUGAAGCAUCCUACAAAAGAGAAGCACUUUCAUUGUUUACUAUGUGGAAAAUCCUUCUAUACUGAGAGCAACCUUCACCAGCAUUUGGCUAGUGCUGGUCAUAUGAGAAAUGAACAGGCCAGUGUAGAAGAGCUUCCAGAGGGAGGGGCCACCUUCAAAUGUGUCAAGUGUACAGAGCCCUUUGAUUCGGAACAGAAUUUAUUUCUGCAUAUUAAAGGACAGCAUGAGGAAUUGCUACGGGAGGUAAAUAAGUACAUAGUGGAAGACACUGAGCAGAUCAAUCGGGAGAGAGAAGAAAACCAGGGGAAUGUCUGCAAGUAUUGUGGGAAGAUGUGUCGGAGUAGCAAUUCCAUGGCCUUUCUGGCUCACAUUCGGACUCAUACAGGAUCAAAACCAUUCAAGUGCAAGAUAUGCCAUUUUGCAACAGCUCAGCUUGGAGAUGCCAGAAACCAUGUGAAAAGGCACCUUGGGAUGAGGGAGUACAAGUGUCACGUCUGUGGUGUUGCUUUUGUAAUGAAGAAACACUUAAAUACUCACCUACUAGGCAAGCAUGGAGUUGGCACCCCAAAAGAAAGGAAAUUUACAUGCCACUUAUGUGAUAGAAGUUUCACGGAGAAGUGGGCCUUGAACAACCAUAUGAAACUGCACACGGGAGAAAAGCCAUUUAAGUGCACCUGGCCCACAUGCCACUACUCAUUCCUCACGGCUUCAGCGAUGAAAGACCACUACAGGACACACACAGGCGAGAAGUCGUUCCUCUGUGACCUCUGUGGCUUCGCUGGUGGGACCCGGCAUGCCCUCACCAAGCACCGUCGGCAGCAUACAGGGGAAAAGCCUUUCAAAUGUGAUGAGUGUAACUUCGCCUCCACAACCCAGUCACACUUGACUCGUCAUAAGCGUGUGCACACUGGAGAGAAGCCAUACAGGUGCCCUUGGUGUGACUACAGGUCAAAUUGCGCUGAGAAUAUCCGCAAACACAUUUUACACACCGGCAAACAUGAAGGUGUCAAGAUGUACAACUGCCCAAAAUGUGACUAUGGGACGAAUGUCCCUGUGGAAUUCCGAAACCACUUGAAAGAACAGCAUCCUGACAUUGAGAACCCUGACCUCGCAUACUUGCAUGCUGGCAUCGUGUCCAAGUCCUAUGAGUGCCGCCUGAAAGGACAAGGAGCCACCUUUGUGGAGACAGACAGCCCCUUCACUGCAGCCACCCUGGCAGAGGAGUCGCCUGUCAAAGAGAAGUCCUUGAGGAGCAGCAAGAGACAGGCUUCAUCCCCUGAGCAGGUCCAACAGGUCAUCAUCAUCCAGGGCUAUGAUGGGGAGUUUGCCCUGGAUGCCUCUGUGGAAGAAACUGCUGCAGCCACACUGCAGACACUGGCAAUGGCUGGCCAAGUGGCCAGGGUGGUACACAUCACAGAACAUGGGCAGGUCAUUGCCACAAGUCAAAAUGGGUCACAUGUGGGCAGUGUAGUACCUGGACCCAUCCUCCCUGAGCAGUUGACAGAUGGAGCCACCCAGGUGGUUGUCAUGGGGGGUUCCAUGGAAAGUCACAGUGUGGAUGAGGCCCUCAGUCCAGGUGCCGCUGUCAUACAGCAGGUCACCAAGCAGGAGAUCUUAAGUCUCUCUGAGUCUGGAGUCCCUCCGUCUGACAACUCCUCCGCCUUAGAUGCACUGCUGUGUGCUGUCACUGAGUUGGGAGAGGUGGAGAGCAGAGCGGGGCCUGAGGAAAAAGGUAGGCCCAGCCACAAGGACGUGCUGAUCCAGCUGCCCAGCCAGGAAGCAGCCCAUGAUCAUGCCAAGACAGAGGCCACAGAGACUCAGUUGUUCCAAGAUGGUCAGGAGAGUCCAGCAGCCAUGGAAGUACUGACCCAGGUUGUCCGUCCCUCAGCCAUCAUCACGUCUCAGGAACGAGCCCAGGUGGCCUUCAAGAAGAUGGUUCAGGGAGUGCUGCAGUUUGCUGUAUGUGACACAGCUGCAGCCAGCCAGCUGAUAAAGGACGGCGUCACUCAAGUCAUUGUAAAUGAGGAGGGCGCCGUCCACAUGGUGGCCGGAGAGGGCUCCCAGUUCAUCAUGCAGGAGGCUGAGGCCCAUGGCCUGCGAGUGCCGGCUGAGCACAUGGACCUGGUCGAGUCAGAAGGAGAGAUCUCUCAGAUCAUUGUAACCGAAGAGCUGGUCCAAGCCAUGGUCCGUGAAUCCAAUAGCAACUUCCCUGAGGGUGCCACUCACUACAUUGUGACAGAGUUGCCUCCAGGUGUACAGGAGGACACAGGGGUUUACUCCCACACUGUGAUAGAGACAGCCAGCUCUCCAGAGAUCCUGCAGGCUGGGGCUGCACUCAGUGCUGAGGCUGUGGGUGCAGGCAGCACGGAACAGUUGACAAGCAUGGUCAUCUAUACCCAGGAUGGCUCCCCAGCAGCCACAGUGAUCCAGAGCCAAAGAGAAAACAGUGAGCUCCAAGAAGCAUGAGGCAGGCCUCCAUGCUGGGCACGGGGCAGUGUGCAAAGAUCUACUUGGGCCAGCACAGAGGCCACUGUACUCUGUCAUGUUUACUUCAGAGGUGUGCUGAACAAGCCCUUCAGGCAGGGGUAACAUCGGCCACUGAAAAGGCACCCAAGGAGGGCAGAAAGCCAAGCCUACACUAGUUUGCCCAGCAGCCUAAUAAGGGUGGGUAGGCAGAACUUGUGCCACAGAGCUAGUUGUUGGGCCCUCUGCUGAUAGCCUCACCCCUCAAGCACCACUGUGGUGAGACGCAGUUUUCCCUGGUUUUUCUCCCAUAUAAGUUCCCUGUUUAGUCAUCAAAAGAUGGCAUCCUCUAUGGGACACAGGAAACGUCUCUGGCCUCAGCCCUCUGCGCCUGCCUUGGUUCACGCAGGACUGCCAUCCCUUCCCACAUUCGAUUAAAAAUCGGAACUACCAAGAUUACAUCUUGAAGCAGUGAACACAUUGUUUUUUACUGUUAUUUUAAGUUUAAGAUAAUGGUGUUCCCAGACCAAAGGAAACCUGUUAACUCAUUUUAUGUAUAAAUUUUCUCUCUGCAAAUAUUUUAGAGGAUUCCUUUGCCAUGGCCAUUCUGCACAAGAGAAAUCUUUCAUCUGUGGUCUGAGAAAAGUCUUGAAAUUUUUAUUCAGUUACAAUCCACCUAAGUUGAGACAAUUAAUUCUCAUUCUGAAUUCAUUUCAUACCAUAACAUCUGUACAUGAAAUAUCCACUAUGAAAAAUAUCAUUUGUUGCUUUUUAUAUCAAGUAUUUGUUUGUAUCAGUAUUGUUUUUGCAGGAUUUAUUUGUGACUUUCAGAGUAUGGGAAGGCUGACAUUGAACAUUACAGUAGACGCCUACCCCUGCCCUCCUUCCCCAGCACUGCCUGCUCCAUGGUGGAUUCACUGCACGUGCAGGAUGCAGGGUGAUGCUCUGGUGAUCUUUCUUGAUUCCAUUGCUCUUUUUGUUUUGUUUUCAAAAUUGUAAAAUAGCCCCAUUCCUCAAAGGCAAAAUUGUUCUUGUUGUUUUCUUUGAAAUAAAAUUAUAGCAUUAAACUAAA